UGUUACCGUUGCGUGCUGAAUGGCAAAUUAAAAACAGCUGUUUUCGUUUUUUCAUCGUUUGGAAAUAAACAAGGAAAAUGGUUGCCGGCGGUGCAUCAGAUACGGGAGGCGUCAAGCCCAUGGCCAUUGCGGGUCGCAUGGUGCGAGAACGCGAGCGUCUAAUUGGCAUGACCCCCGACGAACGUGCCUGGCGCAAACAGUGGCUGAAAGAUCAGGAACUGCACCACGGAGCCCGCAAAGUGCCCGCCCUGGAGCUGGAACUCAACAAUCCCAUUAAGCGCAUGUACCGUGCACCAUUGGAUACAAUUACUAAGGUUUUAACACCGGCGAUGGGAUUCCAACGCGCCUUCACAGUACGUUACUGGACCGGCAAGGCGUUGAUUGCAUUAACGGGCAUUUACGCUGCUGCCUACUAUUUUAAAUACAAUCAAAACGAUUGGACACGCAAGGGCGGCUGGCGUGUGAUUUCCUCACGUAAAGCUUGUGUUCCCGGCGACGAAGGUUUUCCCCGUGUUUCCGAUCGUUCGGCGCCCUCGGACUACGCGGCGCGUGGCUUUAAGCAGUCGCCCAUAUAAACUGUGGAGCACUCGGAGGAGCGGAGGCUGGCAAACGCAUCCGUGCUUUUCUUAAGUUUCAAACGUAUAUAUUAAUGUUAGCAAAACGAAUUCGUAAUAAACAUGGAACACACAAAACAGUCGUAA